AUGGCCUUGGAGAGAUCUGGAGAGGACAAGAAUCCGAGGUACUCAAACCCUCUCCGUAUCCUGGAUCUAUGUACAGGCACGGGCUGUAUCGCCCUUCUUCUGCAUGCCCUUCUUGCUCCGUAUGUCGAAGACCUUCGAAUAUUGGGGGUUGAUAUCAGCCCUCGAGCUCUAAGGCUCGCCCAGAAGAAUCUUCAACACAACAUGAAUCUCAGCUUGCUUACUCGGCGGGCGUUGGUCGAUGUUCAGUUCCAUCAAGCCAAUGUUCUUGGCCCCGAUGGUGGCUCACCAGUACCAAGCAUUGAAGAUAUUUUGUGCAACUGGGAUUCUAGCCACAAAAUCUCUCGCUCCGGGCCAAAAUCAGAUGGCUGUGACUUACUGAUUUCCAAUCCACCAUAUAUAUCCGACGCAGACUUUCGCAACGGCACUACAUCUCGAAGUGUGCGAUUGUUCGAGCCUCGGCUAGCACUAGUGCCACCCAGCUCCCACCGCGUCUCACCGGGGGUAUUGCCAGAAGACAUCUUCUACUACCACAUUCUCGUUCAAUCGCUCAAACUGAAAGCCAAGAUCACCGUAUUGGAGUGUGGGGAUAUUCGACAGGCCCAACGAGUCAUCAAGAUGCACCGGAUCUUGUCCUCUGGACAUGAAGACGACUUUCGGGCGGGUCUCUGGCCGGACACCGAGCAAGACAUGUUAGCGAAUGGAUUUCACCCCCCACGCCGGGUCGCGGGGUGUUAUUAUCCAGAGACAGAUAUAGAUUUGUAUUCUUCGGAAUUACUUGACUAG